AUUCUCAUCCAUCACCAUUGCUUUUUUUGAGGACUGGGCAUUCUACUUUUUUUUGGCCAAAAAAAAAAAAACAAUCAGGAAACUACACCUACAAUGUGUCUGUGCCUCUGUCGAGUGGGCCAGGCCUCCUCCUCUACUGGUCGGUUGCUUUCCUGUACGUGUACACAUACGGAGGUACGUACAUGGUGUAGAAAGGACACUGACACACGCAUAACACGGCGAGGAGGAGUCGGAGCAGUAAAAACAGCAUUUGCUUUUUCUACCCACCACUGCCUUUUUACCUUUCCUCCUCAUCAAUCAGCCAUCACUGCUCCCUUCCCUUCCCUUCUCAUCAGAGGCCAGGCCAGAGAGGCAGAGCAGUUCACUCCAUCCACGCUCCGUCGCCGGCGUGUGAGCGCGAGCAAGAACCACUUCGAUCGGUGUGGUGUGGGCGAGGGUUUCGCUGCAGCGAGAGUGGAGAGCGAUCGCCGCCUUCCGUCCUCUUCCUUCUUGGAACAGUGCGGCAGUGGGGCUUGGCAGUUGGCACUCCUCCACGGCUCCACUCCAAGCAAAGCAAAGCGAUUCCAAGUAUCAGUACAAUGGUGACGAGCAAAUCCUCGUGGAGCCAGGUUGUAAAAAAUACCAGGCCGACAAACCUGUCCAUUCCCACAAGAAACCUCCAACCACAAGACCUUGGAGCUGUGAUAUUUGGUUGCACAAACAAUACCAUUCAAGAGUGUCACUCACGGCAACUUUUUGGCUUGCCAAAAUCACAUAUUUCAUACGUACGAAACAUUAAGGAAGGACUAUCUCUCUUCCUCUUCAACUAUGAUGAUCGCAGAUUGUAUGGUAUUUACGAAGCUGCAGGGAAUGGCAAGUUCUGUCCUGAAUCAAAUGCAUGGUCACAUGAUAGCAAGAGCAAAACAAACUAUCCUGCCCAGGUUGCAAUGCGGGUAAGGCUGUGGUGUUUCCCGCUAGCAGAGGAUCAGUUCAGAAAUGCUAUUAUAGCCAAUUACUAUCAGAACACACCCGGUGUCCCUGGCCAGAAGCUCCAUUUUUUCAAGUUUGAAUUGGAUCAUGCUCAAACACGUGUUUUGAUGGAUAUGUUUACUCCUUCUCCCCCCAACAAUUUCUGGAUGCCCCCUGCCGCAGCACCAGCUGAUGAUCAUUGGAGAGAAUUAGUGCUGUCACCUGGAUGGGCAACAGAGCGUGAGGGGAACAAUAACCUCAAAUCAGAAAAGGUUGUAAAGUCAUAUGCUGACAUAGUGAAGAAGAAUAAAUUUGAGGAAGUUGGGACAAGAGAUUUGGAUGUGGAACAUGCAAGCUCAGGUAAUGAAUCUUCUGGUGGUUUCGAUGAACUUGAUUGUCAAUACACAUCACCAGAGAGGGAGGACUAUGCACUAUCAGAUAGGGUGGUUCCAGUGCAACAACAACAGUACCCUGAUACGCAGGGGAAAAUGCUGAGCUUUGAUCAGGUGUUACAAGGGCGCAUGGCUUUUCCUGGUCAGCAGUGGCACUCUGAUCUUUAUGCCAAUACUACUGAAACUGAAGAUAAUGAUCCAUAUAGCUGCAAGUAUGCCCAAGAGGUCAAAUUUGCAAUUCUGGAUGGGAGCUCUAAUUUGCCAGAAACCUUAGAUUCUGAAGUUGAUAAGCUGUCCUUGGGGCAUUCGAAUUUGCUGGUGCAGUUAUUGGACUCUGAAUCAUGCACAGAAGCCAAGAUGAUUGAUGUAGUUAAAGAGUUAUCUGGACGAAUAGAGGUGAUGGAGAAGAAGCAGGCUUGGUCCAACAAAGAAGUCAAACAUUUACAGGGGGUGAAUGAGAGGUUACUGAAAAGAAUUGUUGAACUAAAGGGAACAGUUAAGACAUUGAAUUCUAAAAUAGAUCCUUUGACCCUAGACGAUUCGCUUAACCAGUUUGUAGAACAAUGUUUGGGUUCAGAAGAUGUCAUUUAUCUAGUUGGUGGUUUUGAUGGCUUCUCAUUUGUGCCAUCACUAGACUCCUUUUCCCCUUCAUUGGACGUAGUAACACCCCUCAAACCAAUGGCUGUUGGCAAGUCAUAUACCUCAACUGUUGCACUAGAGGGCAAGAUAUUUGUUCUUGGUGGUGGUGAUGGUGCUUGCUGGUUUGAUACAGUUGAAUGUUAUGACCGAAGCCGUGAUGAUUGGUCCACAUGCCCAUCGUUGACUCGUGACAAGGGGAGCCUUGCUGGGGUUAGUGUCAAUGGGAGAAUCUAUGCAUUUGGUGGUGGAGAUGGAACUGAGUGUUUCUCUGAUGUUGAGAUGUUUGAUCCUACUCAUGGAAAGUGGAUAAAAAAUCAACCUAUGCUGGAAAAGCGCUUUGCUCUAGCUGGUGUAGCACUAAAUGGUGUGAUUUAUGCUGUUGGUGGCUUCAAUGGUGUUGAAUAUCUGAGCUCUGCUGAAAGACUUGAUCCUCGGGAGCCUAACUGGAAAAUGCUGCCAAAGAUGAGUGCAGGAAGGGGCUGUCAUACGCUUACAGUGCUUGAUGAGAAGAUAUUCUCAAUUGGUGGAUACGACACUGGGGCUAAAGCAAUGGUGGCUACUGUUGAGGUGUAUGAGCCAAGGAUGCCGUCAUGGAUGAUGGUGGAACCCAUGAACUACACCAGAGGAUACCAUUCUUCGGCUGUGCUCGGUGGCUCAAUAUUCACCUUUGGUGGGGUCAAAGGUGAAGCAGAUACAAUCUUGGAUGUGGUGGAACGCUACAAGGAAGGGUGUGGUUGGGUGACUACGGGGUUGAAGUCGAUUGGCAAGAGAUGCUACUGCUCAGCGAUUGUUCUCUGACUGUAACUGCCUACAACAGUAUUGACAUGGCGAGAUAUUGUAACUUCUGACAACCAAGUGAGCAGGAAAUUGAUAUUAGGCAAAAACUUAAUUAAUUAGUACUUAGAAGGCUCUUGCUUAGCCUGAACUGACAGCAGUAGACAUGAUGGAGGUCUUCCUCCUGUUUGUUUCUGAAUCUCGGAGAACUGUAAAACAUUGAGCUGUUUGUGUUGACUGGGUCGAUGAUGCAGCAACACCGGAUGUGACAGAGUUGGUACUGAACUUCUGUAGAACGACACUCGAUUGAUGAAUAUCCAGUAGCACUGUGAUGGUUAUUUGACUCU